AUGAUGAAGAGUCAAUACCUGGAGCUGUUCAUUAAUGCAGUCACUAUCGUCAUCGUCCUGCACAGUCUCUUCCAGCAUCCGCACGCUGCGAUAAUAUAUCAGGGCAGGGACGCGACGGGACCCGGGCUGGCCCUGGGUCUCCUUGCAGUGCCCCUGCUCACAGCGGCCACCGCCGCCUCGCGCCCUGGAGAAGGCCUCGUCACGCACGGCGCUUUCCAGGCCGCCCUGGCUCUGGCUUCCGGACAGCUCCUGCUGAUUGCCACUCAGGUUGCCUUGGACCAGAGGCUCAGCGCCUGGGACUCCUGGCACGCGCGGGAUGAGGCAGACGGCGAGGAGCUGGGCACCCCCAGCAAGGCACGGGCGCACUGCAGCCUGCUGGCGCAGGGCACCGUGGCCGCCGCCCCGCCCCCGGAGCCCUGGAGGGCGCAGGGCUCGGCGGCCGCCGUGCUGGGGAGCCUGGGUGUGCUGGGCACGCUGCUGGUCAUCGCCGUGCUUUCCGGCGACCCCGCCGUGCUGCCCUGGGCCUACGCGGCCCUGGGCGCGGGGACCCUGCACGCCACGCUGGCGCUGCUCCUCCCACGCACGCUCACGCUGGGCGAGGGCGCGCUCAUCACCCAGGGCCUCGUCCUCGCUGUCACGGCGGCCUCCACUGCCACCCCGCCCCUCCUCCGCCUCGUCACCCGCCUGCCCGUGGCGGCAGUCGCAGCUGGGUGCGCCCUCAUCCCCCUGCUCAAGACGGCAAGGGUGCCCUGGCAACGGGUGUGCCUGGGCUGCUCAUGCCUGCUGACCGCCGGCCUCGCCCUGGCGGCCAUCCAUCCAGCGCUCUGGGCGCUGCAGUAUGGCCUGGCGACGCCGCGGCGCCGCGCAGUCCUGCUCGCCUGGUUCGUGCUGCUUGGAGGAGGGCUGCCGGCCAUGCGGUGGUUGUCCUCCCGCAAGACUGUGCCGCAGAUCCUGGUGACGCUCUUUCUUCCCGUCCUGCUCGUGGAGCCUGGGCUCCUGGGUCUGGCCCUGGCAAUCGCCUUCGCCGGGCUGGUGGCCGUGGAGGCGGUGCGUUCGGCGGCCCUCCCAGGCGUCAGCCUGCGCAUCACGGACUUCAUGGAGCGCUUCACCGACGCACGCGAUGCCGGCCCCAUCUACGUCACCCACUUUGCGCUGCUCCUGGGCAUGGCGCUCCCCGUCUGGCUCAGCCUGGACUGGGAGGCGGGGGAGCGGCAGGGCCCGCCGGGACUGCUGGAGGGGGGCGCAGUUCGUGCCCGGGCCCCGGCCCUGGCUGGCAUCCUCAUCCUCGGCUUCGGAGAUUCGGCGGCCUCGCUGGUGGGGCGGCUUUGGGGCGAUCACGCCCUGGCGGCCGACAACCCGAAGACGUGGGAGGGUCUGGCGGCGGGGUCGGCGGCCACGCUGGCAGGCUGGGUCGGCGUGGCCCUGCUCUCCUCGGCGCUGCCCGGGGUCGCGCUGCUCUCGCCCCAGCCGACGCAGGGCGGCCUGCUGGCGGCCACCUCGCUGUCCUGCUUCCUGGAGGCAGUCACCGGGCAGCUGGACAAUGCGGUGCUGCCCCUGCACUACUACACGCUGCUCCUGUGCCUGGCAUAG